AUGGCGGCGGCGGGGAGGGGGGGCAGUAGUUUUAAAGUAGACACCCGCCCUUGCCUCAGAGAAGAUACAACUUGGAGUAAUCAGAAAAAUACUGAACUUUUUACAGAUAAUUUUUGUAAUGUAUGUGGAGUGGUGCUACAGUGUGAAUCACAAAGAAUUUUACAUUAUGAGAGUGAAAACCAUGCUCAAAAUGUUAGGUUUUAUUUUCAACUGUAUGGGGAACAAAAUGAAGUGCCUGGUAAGGAAAUGAAGAUGCAUGUUAGGAAUUUUCAGGUGCAUGGUCAUGAAGCAAUGGACAGAAACAGAUUUUGUGAUCUCUGUAAGGUGAUUUUUAGCUCCCCCACUGUUGCUCAUUCUCACUAUUUGGGGGAAAUCCAUGGUAAAAAACUGAAGCAGUUUAUGGAUGAGCAUGAUCAGGUGUCUGCAUCAGGAUUUCAGCCAAAGAUGGCAUUUAGUGCAAGAACCUACGUCUGUCACAUUUGUAAUAUCACCUUUACAUCUGUAGAAAGGUUUCGGUCUCAUAUGCAAGGACGUGAACAUCAAAUUAAAGAAUCUAUUGUUAUCAAUCUUGUGAAGAAUUCAAAGAAGAAACAAGACUCUUACCAAGAUGAAUGUGCAGAUUACAUCAGAGUGCAGAAAGCUAGAGGACUAGACCUUAAGACUUGCAGAAAGAUGGAGGAGAAUUCUGUGGAGAAACAUGGAUUCAGAGAGGUAGUCAAUUGCAGACCUAGACAUAAAAUGUAUGAACAAAGACAUCCAAGUGAGACUUUUCAAACAUACCCAGGACAAUACAAUUUUUCACAAACAGUAAAAAACCAUUUACCUCAUUACUUACCAGUUCAUUUAAAGAAGACAUAUGAUUCUUUCCAAGAUGAACUGGAAGAUUAUAUCAAAGUGCAGAAAGCCAGAGGCCUAGACCCAAAGAUUUGUUUCAGAAAAAUGAGAGAGAAUUCUGUGGAAACAUGUGGGAACAGAGAAGUUGAUUCUGGGCCCAGACAAAGAAUAUUUGAGCAAAGAUCCUCAUUUGAGACUUUCCAGUCUUACGAACGACCAUACAAUCUUUUACCAAUGUACAACCAGGUACCUCAUUGGUUACCAGUUCAUUCAAAGAGGCCACAUGACCCUUUCCAAGAUGAACUGGAAGAUUAUAUCAAAGUACAGAAAGCUAGAGGACUAGACCCAAAGACUUGUUUCAGAAAGAUAAGUGAUAGCUCUGUGGAAAUCCAUAAGUAUAGAGAAAUGGUUGAUUCCAAACCCAGAUACAGAAUGUGUGAGCAAAGAUUCCAGUCAUUUGAGACUUUCCAGGCACACCCAGAAACAUACAAUAUUUCACAAGCAGUGAAAAGCCAAUUAUCUCAGUGCUUACCAGCUCAUGAGAGCAACCAGAGACUAGAUUCUAUGACCUAUUAUCAGUCCAGCAGAGACUAUUACCCAGAUAAAGCAGUACCCCUGAGCCUUAGUCACCAAGAAAAUAACUCUAGCCCAAACAGUAUGGAAUCUGAAGUUUAUAAGCACUUGUCGUCAGAAAACAAGACCAAUCAUCAUCAAGGUCAUAAACACAGACGUCGGAAAAGAAGAACGCACCUGGAGGAAGGCAAAGAAAGGCGAGAGAAGGAGGAGUCCAAGCACAAGAGGAAAAGAGAUAAUGAGGAUACAGAUCUACACAAAGAUGAGAGCAUCCGAAAAAGGAAAAAAGAGGAAAAUAAAUUUAGUGUCAGCUCAGGAAAGUUGAAGCACAGAAAAAAGAAAAAAAGCCAUGGUGUAAACUCUGAGAAGGAAGAACGUAAGCACCGAAAAGAGAAAAAGAAGCCUGUUGAAGAAAAGACAGAAGAGGAAAUGCUUUGGGAUGAGUCUAUUCUUGGAUUUUGAAAUUUUGAUUUUGUUCACCCAAGGGUGAAUUAGAGAAAUAGGUUAAGAAUAUGGAUUUAGGGAAACAAUGAGGAAAAUAGGAGGUGGAUACAGUGAGUGUCAGUUCAGGAAAGCUUAGUCUUGUGUGUGCAAAUUGAAGUU